GAAAUUACGUCGUGCCGCGGUCAUUAUAUAUUUUUGUUGAGGUGAUGGCGGGUGACUUUCGAGCUGAGGCCAAGGAACUUGACCAGUGGAUUGAGCAGCUGUAUGAAUGUAAUCAGCUGACAGAAGCACAAGUUAAAUCCCUUUGUGAAAAAGCAAAGGAUAUACUCACAAAGGAGUCAAAUGUUCAAAAUGUACGAAGCCCGGUCACUGUAUGUGGUGAUGUACAUGGUCAAUUCCAUGAUAUGAUGGAAUUAUUUCGCAUUGGUGGAAAGUCUCCGAAUACCAAUUACUUAUUCAUGGGUGAUUAUGUUGAUCGUGGAUACUAUUCUGUUGAAACUGUCACUUUACUCGUGGCCAUGAAGGUUAGAUUCAAAGACCGAAUAACUAUUCUCCGGGGAAACCACGAAAGUCGUCAGAUCACACAAGUUUAUGGAUUUUAUGACGAAUGCCUUCGCAAAUAUGGUAAUGCUAAUGUUUGGAAAUACUUCACGGACUUGUUUGAUUAUCUUCCACUAACUGCACUGGUUGACAAUUCAAUAUUUUGCUUACAUGGCGGGCUGUCACCCUCGAUAGAUACUCUCGAUCACAUUAGGGCUUUGGACAGGAUUCAAGAGGUCCCCCAUGAGGGUCCAAUGUGUGACUUAUUGUGGUCUGAUCCAGAUGACAGAGGUGGUUGGGGCAUCAGUCCACGUGGUGCUGGCUAUACAUUUGGACAGGAUAUUUCAGAAACGUUUAAUCACAGUAAUAACUUAACUUUAGUCAGUCGAGCACAUCAGUUAGUUAUGGAAGGCUUUAACUGGUGUCAUGAUCGAAAUGUUGUCACUAUAUUCAGUGCUCCAAAUUAUUGUUAUCGAUGUGGUAAUCAAGCAGCUUUAAUGGAACUGGAUGAUAAUCUGAAAUAUAACUUUUUGCAGUUCGAUCCCGCACCACGUAGAGGUGAACCACAUGUAUCGAGACGUACCCCGGACUACUUCUUAUGAUUCUCAUCCUGUCAAAAUUUUUUCAAUGUUUUUUUUUCACCGGCUUGUGAAAGUAGAAGAUUGAUCAACGAUUUAAAUAAGUUCAUGUUUUAUCCGGUUAACAUUGGCCUUUGUGAAAAUAAUUACGUUUUAAAACUGUCAACUACUGCUACGGCAUCACCAAUCUUCUGUUUAAACUUUAUUGUCCCACUUUUCUCUUCCUUUGUUUAUAUCUAACUAUAUAAACAAUAAUAAUGCCUUGCUAGCCUUUUUACCAGUUUAUAUAAAUAUGAGUAGACGUACACAUAUGAGUUAAUCGAGCAAAACAAUUAAUUGACUACAAAUAUAUAUAUAUAACUCUGUAAAUUGGAAAUAAUAGUUAAUUUCUAGUCUUUUGAACGUAGGGAAGUGUAUUUUCUAGCUAACAGCAAAUCCAUACUUACAUGAUUUGCACUCUUGAAUUCAUAGUUUGCUUAAUCUUUUGAGUCUGUUAUACUAACUUUAACUUUGCAUAACUGUGUUUAGCUAUACACCUAAUACUUGGAAACGUAUAAAAACAACUACAGUAUCGUAUAUACAUGCAAUUCAGUUGGUGGAUUUUUUUUUCCUGUUUUCAUGUUAACAAUCUAAUUAAUUUCCGAUAUGUAUUAGCGUUUUACUGAAGUUCCUCAACCUAUAAUAUCUUGUUUCUGUUUUUGAAUCCGUUCACAAAACACUUGGAAAGAUUUUCUGCUCUGAUACAUCGAUCCACAAUUUCUGGUUAUUAUCUAUUAUCCCCAUUUCAUUGAUCACUAGAUGUUAACUUUUUACAGCGUAUGGAGAUUUGUAAGAUUCGUCACUUGUGUUCUCAUCUCAUAAUCUGUGACACCGUUAUUGAUAAAUAUGUUUCCCCGACAAUAUAUUUUUGAUGCCUACAUCAUUUGUUAAUAUAGAGCUUCUAACAAAUCGUUCAAUUUAAGAUAGUAGCUUGAUUCAAAAGUGUUUGUGGAUUUGAGUUUUCGAAAACCUCAGGCUCUCAAUUUUAUGUUUUUGUUCGCUCGUUACUCCAUGUUUAAUGGUGCAGACCUACUCGUUUCGAUGUGCAGAAUCUUAGGAUCAGUAUACUAAGAUUAUUCUGAAGACUUGGUUCAGAAUCGAUCACAAUGGCGUUGGUGUAUACACUCCCUAUCUUCCCUUAAACUAAGAGAUUAAAAUCGCUUCAUAUCUUUCUUUCUACGAACUAAUUCUUUCUUCCUGUAUUAUGUCCUUAUAUGCAAUCUCUUUUUUAUAUAUUACCACCAUUGACUUAACUACUCUUGCGAAUCCGGUGUUCAUCUUGCUGGGCUGAUGUGGCAACCUGGACCGAUGCGUAUAUUUGCCUGGUCCUACGUUGUAGCUGACUGACUGAAGAUUAUUCUGGGUAGAUACUGACCAGCUAUUUUAUCAUCGUCUCUUGAGGACAUUGCCUUCGUAUUGUCAGACAAUUAAGUAAACAGUGCCGAGGUUGGAUGUGUAUUAUCAGGUAACUGCAAUUCGGUUGAUAAGUAUGUAAAACCUCAACCGGGGGCUGAGACAUGUUUUGCAUAGACCUAAGACUGGUUAGUUCGGGGAUUUGGAAGAUGUGUGAGAAUAUCAAGAUAUAACAAUAACCUUUUUUAAUGACCAGUAAUGUCAGCAGGAUAACCUGUGACCGUGCAAAACAAGGAAUGGGAGGUCUUAUUGCUUGAGCUAGUUAACAGACUAGCAAUGUAAUCAACAGAACGAAAUUCACAAUUAACAAGAUGAAGCUUCGUUUCGGUCUUUGUUAGUUCCCUCUUUUGUCGGGUGGAUUCACUGGUGCUAGUCUCAACAGUCGUAGCUGUCCACUCAAUGACUUUCCUCUCAGGUUGAUUAUCUAGUAUAUAAUAUAACGCAGUCUGUUAUGGUAGAACUUCAAAUAACACCAUACUCUUAUUCACUGUCUCUUUGUCAACAAAUUCCAAAGUACUGCAUACUUUUUUAAAAAUGAAUUGUGGAUCUUUACAGACAGACAGUCGUAAACUCAUGUUAUGGAUGUUGGGCUGUUUCAAAGUCAAUACGUUGUAACUAGUGUUUCAUACAUCCUCAAAAUAAAGUCGAAUAUUUUCUUUCAUACUAUAAGAGCUCAGCUAUAAAGUCCUUUAUAUUAAACAGGGAUCAACUUUUCAUGAAGGGGUUUUUCUAUCCGCUGAAAGGUUGAUAACCGUUGGGUUUCCGGUUUGUUGAGACUUCGUAACUACUAAAAGAGUUAAAUGUUCACAUAAGGAGCGACAAAUUAUACUAUAUUCCAGCCUGUCAAUAUCACACCUUUGUAGAUGUUUUGAAAACUAAAAGCAGCAACUCAAGGUCUGAGGGCGAAGUCGUACUGUUGACUGUAGAGGGGUGUGACAGCAGUAAGGUGUUUCCUUCAGACAACCAACACCUGCAGCGAUGCUGCCUUCUCACAAGGAAGGAAGGGGCUAGAAAAGGUUAACCCUAAAAGUAUCACACCUUACCUUACCUCACGGAUUUCCGUCUCCGGCGGUAAGGCCCUUUGAAGGACGGAGCUGACACAUUAAAAAGCCCCCACGAAAACACCGCGCGCAACUGGCCUCAAUCAGUUUUCCUUUGGGCUCUGUGGUCACGCUCCCAGGUCGUUAAGACCAACACUAAUCCGACUUCAUUUUCAGGUUCCUCAAGAAAUACCCUUCCACGGUGUGGGCAGCUGGGAAGUGAUAACAGCCCUCAUACCCUUCACAGCACACGAGACCAAGUUGGUCACAUUCAAAUCAUUCCUACACCUAAUACCUCUCUUAUCUCCAUGAAUAACCCUCCUCACAGCUCUAUCACCUCGCACCUCUAGGGCAAACGAUUCGAGUACGUGGAACGCUAUUCCUGGUCUCCUGAAACCACGCUGUAAACUACAUGUAGAAGCUCCCAACGUCUGAACACUGUGUCAAAUAGGACAACAGGCUUCCUUAGCUAGGACUUUAGAAUCCGGCACCAUUGAUGUGUGCUGCGUCUCCGAAACGCGCAUACAGGAUCCGAGUAGCGUCAUUCAUUUGACCUCGCCAUGCCAAAAUAAAGAACCGACUCGACUCACACUUCGUGUAUCUGGAAGCCCUGAUUCUGCUUCCCGUGGCCUCGCCGGCGUAGGUAUAUCAUUGAGUCCUAUGGCAGAACUAGCUCUCUUAGAGUGGAUCCCAGUAGACAGUCGUUUGUGCGCUGUCCGACUGAACGGAACAGUAAGGAUCCGAAAAGGUGGGGGCACUCGUCGUUGCCUCUUCGUCGUAUCUGCCUAUUCUCCCACUGACUGCAGCGCAGAUGAUGUAAAAGAUGAGUUUUACAGAAAGCUUUCCGACCUUCUCCAAAAAGCUAGGCGCUCAGAUGUAGUAAUAGUGGCCGGUGACUUUAAUGCUCAGGUAGGUAAACUAAGCGAUAGGGGAAGACACCUAGGUGGAUCUUAUAGCAUCGCGGCUCAAAAAACAACCGAUGGCGACCGUCUGUUGCGUCUAUGCUCAGAUAACCGCCUGUUCCUUGCAAAUACUAACUUUAAGCAUAAGGAAAAACAUCUCUUAACAUGGCGACCCCCUAAUUCGUCCCAACGUUGGACUCAAAUAGAUCACAUCGCUAUCAGCCACCGAUGGAUGGGCUCGAUAGAAGACUCGCUCAUUCUGGAGCACAUGCUUAGAUUCAGAUCAUGCUCUGGUGCGAGCGCGUACUUGUCUGCGUCUUACUGGACGUAGGAAAGACGCUGCAAGGAAACCUCUUGGGGUUCUAUCUAAUGAUAGUCAAGCUAAGACUAUAUUUCAUGAACAACUAGAAAAACAGUUAGGCAGCCAUGUAUGUGAUGCCCACCCUGAGGCAGCAUGGAAUGAUAUCCGAAAAGCUGUGGAAACAGCAGUGAUAUCUGUUAGUAUGGUAAACCACAAGGUGAGGGAGAAACACUGGAUCUCAGCCGCAUCUAUCGCACUGACAGAUGCUCGGAAACUCAUUCCACCUGGCUCUGAACAUAACGAAGAGCGUAGUCAGUUUAAGCACAAGCUGACAAGAAGUCUACGCAACGAUCGUGAACAGUGGUGGGUAGCGAAAGCAAGAAAGGUGGAAAAGGCAGAGGCAAUAGGUAAUAGCAGACAAUUGUUCAGACUUGUUAAGGAAACCGACUGUUAGCGAAGCGCUCAGAGAAAGAUGGACAUAUUAUACAUUCUCAAUCCAGGAGAUUGGAUCGAUGAGCGGAACACUUUAGGGAUCAGUUCAACUGGCCUUCAGCCACACUGGUUUCCCACGAUCUCCAGUCAACCUGAAUGGCAAGUUCAUGUAAAUCCUCCGUCUCUUUACGAAGUUGAAAAAACCAUAGGAAAUCUGAAGCGAGGGAGAUCAACAGGCCCUGACAGGUUUACUCCUGAGAUUUUUAAGGAUGGUGGUUCAGUAUUAGCAGUGAGAUUAACUGAGGUCUUAGGUAGAAUUUGGGAACUGGACGUAAUCCCAUCUGACUGGUCUCAAUUACUGAUUGUGCCAGUCUAUAAGAAAGGACAAAAGUCCUCUUGUGACAAUCACAGAGGAAUCAGUUUGACAAAUAUAGUGUCUAAAAUAUUAGCUUCAAUAAUACUUCGUCGCCUAACCAAAGCUUGUGAAGAACAGACUAGAGAAAAUCAGUCUGGUUUUUCGACCUGGACGUGAUUGCAUAGAUCAGAUAUUCACACUACGUCAGGUUCUAGAACACAGACACACAUUCAGACGCCCCACAAUGGUAGUAUUUCUCAACCUUAAGGCGGCAUUCGAUUCUGUUGAUAGUGAGGUUCUAUGGCAGUGUUUGUCACUGAAAGGAGUACCAAAGAAGUACAUUAACCUUAUAAAGGCUCUCUACUCGAACACAACUGGUAGAGUGAGAGCUUAUGGCGAACUGUCAUCAGAAUUGACUACCUCAAGUGGUGUUCGUCAGGGCUGUCCACUCUCUCCAUUCCUGUUCAACUUUGUCGGCGACGUACUUUUAGAGAUAACGGUUUCCUCGUCUAGAUUUCCAGGGGUUGAACCUCUACCAGGAGGUUCACUUGUUGACUUAGAAUAUGCUGAUGAUAUAGUUUUAUUUGGUGAAGACGCUGACAAAAUGCAGAGUCUUAUGACCACUCUAAGCAACAAUGCAGGCAUGUUCGGGAUGCAAUUCUCCCUUCGAAAUGCAAAAUGUUGCUUCAGGAUAUGGUCGCAUUGACACCCGAACUAGUGAUAGGGAGUGAAGUAAUUGAGCGUGUCGAUCGCUUCACUUAUCUUGGAAGUCUCAUCAGCCCUUGUGGUCUGGUGUGUGACGAAAUCUCAGCACGAAUACAGAAGGCUGGACUAGCUUUCACCAACUUGCGUCAUUUAUGGUGUAGACGAGAUAUCCGUCUAUCAACCAAAGGACGCGUUUACUGCUCAGCAGUUCGUUUCGUUCUACUUUAUGGCAGUGAAACAUGGCCGAUAAGAGUAGAGGAUAUCCGUAGGUUACUAGUAUUCGAUCAAGGUGUCUUCGAAACAUUGCUCGUAUAUCCUGGGACUACCGAGUAAGUAAUGCAGUUGUUAGGAAACGGGUCCUAGGUAAGGAUGGCAAAUCGAUUAGUGAAGUAGUGAAACUUCAUCAGUUGAAAUAGCUGGGACAUGUGUUACGUAUGCCCAACCACCGACUGCCUCGACGUGCGAUGUUUCAUAGUAUACGAGUAGGUUGGAAGAAAGCUAGGAGUGGCCAGACCAAAACAUGGCAUAAGUCCAUGAAGUCACUGACAAAUUGACUGAUCCAUGUUUGUAGGUGUAGACUACGUGGUUGGGGACCGCGAGAUGAUAGCAACCGAUGAUUGGAGACGUUGAAUGACAUGGCUCGAAAUCGUUUGCAAUGGCGCAGGUGCAUCCACUCUUUGUGUUCUCCCAAAUCCUAGUCUUCUGAAUUCUUCAUAUCCCUUUAUUUUCGCUGGAUUAUACUCUUUGAAUAACAUCAUCAAACCCUAAUGUUUCCGAUUGCUGGUUAUACUCUUACUACCACUACUACUAUGGAAUUUGAAUCGACGAUUGUAUCUGUGUGUUAAUGUGGUAUGGCGACUUGAACUGAUGUACGUACGAACGAAGUUCUAUGUUGUUACUUACUGACUGAUUUUAUAGUAGGAUUGAUGCUGUAUUGAUAGUAGCUUUUGUGAUUAUCAAACAACCUAAUUGUCAGACGGUGUAUUAGGUCAGGCAAUGUGCGAUAACUUCAAGAAGUCUACAUUACUCCACUUCCUAAUUACUUUUCUAAAUUUCAAUUUUUCUGUAUUAAUUCACUUCCUCAUAUAGAAAGUCUGGAGACACUUGCAAAUGCGAAUAAUAAUGAGUAUCACACUUGUCUAACAUGUAUUAUAUAUAAGUAUUUGAAGUAAUAGUUGGUAGAAUUUAUUAAUGUUAAUAUUAACAUUGGGAUACAGGUAUAUCUAGUUGAAGAAUCCCAAGAUAGACGAAAUGCGCUACUUAAGAUCUGAAUGCCUGACUAAAUGAAGUCUAACUUCAGAUAGAAGUUAUACAUUUUAGGCCACAAAUUUCUUGGAUGUAUGAUACUUUCUCAGCAUUCAAAUAGCCUUUUUUGUAGGUCCUGGGUUCGAGUCUCGCGAGGUGGGAUCGUGGAUGCGCACUGAUGAGGAAACCACAAUAGGAUGAAAUGGCUACCCAGUUCUUACAGAUCUUCCAUGGUGGUCCAGCUUCAAUUGACUCAUGAUCUCAACUAUUAAAAUGACAUUGUUAUGGAAAAUAUAAGAUUAGCACUUAUCAUAAACUGUUCAUCUUGAACUAUAUCCACACUAGCCACUCACUGGUUAGUACUUAAAAUUACAAUAUAUAGUGCUUAGUAUUGAUAAAAAUCUAUAGUUUUGACAUCUACUCAUGUCACUAAGCCAAGUUAUUCACAAACACAAUGUACUCUAUGUUUAGAUUUAUAAAUUAAGAUAGAAAUCGUCAUAAUUCGUUAUUCUAGGUAGUUUGAAAAUUUAUCACCAAGAUUAGCCUGUAUUGUCGGUUGCUAUGUUAAGCCCAUAUGACUUGUUCUAGCUUCUGGACAAAACAAUUUAUCCAUUCUUCUUGAGUAGUCACGGUUUUGACCUUGCUAAUUAUUUACUUAUCAACUGUGACUGUUUUUAUAUGAGCGUGUUUGUGUAUGUACACUUCUUAUCCUAUUCACCACAUAUCUGCAAUCUAUUUUUAUAUGGAUUAACGCUUGAUUAAAUGGAGUUGGCUCACAAAAUGCCUUCUCCACUGCGCGUCGUUAUGAUUCACUUUCUUCUAUUCGCCCAAUCCUUCUCAUUUCCUGUCCAAAUCAGUGAGUGUACAAUAUAUAUGUAUUCAAGAAGUCCAUUCUCUUAUUCGACAUAUUCAAUUCCGUUAUUCACUAACUCGAUUUAAGUCGAUAAUCGAUAUACGAGAAUAGCCGACAUAUGUAUUUCAAUGACAGUCAGUAUACGAUCCAACUGGAGUCAGAUUCAGGACCAUUAUAGUGAUGAGCCAGUCAACAUCGUGUGGUCUAAAUAACGUCAAAAUGAAGGGCCACUAAAAACCACAGUCUCCUAACACUUACCAAUGAUGACUGAGAGUAUUAAUGAGUUAGUAGACAAUAGUAUGAUAUCAGUAAGUAGAUUUCAUUGAUUUUUUGGAGUGUUACUUCUCUAUAAGUGUGAAUUUUCAGAUUGGGAUACUAGCGAUUAUCAUAAUCCAUGUUCAGAGAUGUUGGUUAGUCAGCCAUGAGACUGAAUACUGUAAUACUUUUGGAAUCACUCUUACUUGAAUAUUACUUUAUACUUUGAAUCCUUUAGUUUUAUUUGUUUUUUAACCAUGUUUCUUACAUUUAAUUCUUUAUAGUAUUAGAUAUCAGUUCUUUUUAUGCGCUUCUUACCUUGUUAGAUCUGUUUGCUAUCAUGUCUAUAUACGUAACAACUUGGACUACUGACUGAUCCUUGAAUAACAUGUUCAAACCCUAAUUUUUCUGAUUACAGCUUAUAAUUUUACUACCUUUAUCACUACGGGAUUUGAAUCGACCACUGCAUCUCUGUGCUAAUGUGGUGUGGCAACUCGAACUUAUGUACGUACGUACGAAGUUCUAUGUUGUUACUGACUGACUGACCGAGAUGUUUUGAAAAUGUGAUUUGGAAAUGAAACUGGAUUUACAUACAAAAUAGGUAAUUGGUAAUUCUGUCGUCUAAAUUAAAACGUCUUUGAAGGUAACGUGAAAGUAUUUAGAUACAAUUUUUUUCAGGAGAACAAAUCAAAGGCGAUACUAUUCAGUUGAUCGUUAUCAUAACUGUUUUAACCUAGUGAAGAUUAGAGUACAGGUAACUUCUAUUAAGUAGCUAGAUUAUGUAUAUUCUGUAUUAUUAUAUUAUAUUACUAUAUUAUGUAUAUUCUCCUUAUUAUAAGCCUUAUUUUGACCUAUAGGCUAUCUUUAACUAUACUCAGUUUAUUGAUUACAGUCUCUCGCAAUCACAGCCACCUUCGGGCUUGAUCUUGUACAAAUGUUAUAUCCUAUUUUAUGGUGUGAUAUGAUCUGUUUGGCUUGUAUAUAAACCAGAUAUGUUUGAAGUAAAUGAUUCAUAGUGAAAGCUGUUAUUGGUGUUCUGGACUCAACUGGCAGGGCUGUGAGGAAAAACGACCAAUAAGGACACUAAACUGCUCAUACCGGUUGAACGUCAUUGGUUUGACACAGUGCUAAGUUUGAAUAAGUCGUAUUUCGAUUAGCGAAUAAGUCAUAUUUCGAUUAGCGAAUAAGUCACGUGAUAUUUAGAUGGACUUAAAGUCACAAAAAUAACCUACACGAAUAAGACCGAAUGGCAGUUUUUUGUUUUGAAAGUUCAGUUUUGGUUACACACAAUUCGCUAAGUUUAUGAAGAUCAGACGUCAACAAAAAGGUUAAAUUUGUUUUGAAUUAUCGUGAUGAAUCAUGUUGAUUCAUAAAUAUGUUUGACUACAAUAUUCAUCUAUUAAAGGUUUUUCUUCCUUAAAGCGUAAACUGAAAUGACACGUACAUGUUUCACUUUGAAGGGUUUUUAGUGUUGAUUUAUUAGCGAUUCUCUUUAUAAUGUCAGCUCUAAACGCAUAACUGGGCCUUACAAGUAUUCAUGGUCAGUGACGCUAUAAUGAAAGUGGUGUGAAUUGCUUGCUGUACAUUUCGGUUUCUAAAAGAAACGGAUUACAUCUGAGUUCUAUUAGUUCAAUUUGAUAUUACGAAUGAUUGAGAUAUAAAAUAUUGGAUGCAAACAGUGUUUUAAAGUUUAAACGUUUAUCAAUAGCUCGUAAGUCCUAGAUCCUUGCUGGGACGAAACGACCGUCCAUAUAAACACAGACUAGCAAUGAAAACUAUUUUAAACUAUUACUUAUAUCAAUAUAUACAUACCACAAUGAGCACGGAUUUGAUUGGAAAGGCGUCAAGACACUAAACUGGGAAAAUUUCAAGAAUGAUUUGGAUUAGAGUAGACUGUUAUUUGUCAUAUUGAUCCCUCCAGGUCCAGUCCAUCAAAUAUCCGUAAAUCCACAUGCUGAGGACAAUUGAUCUUGUAGAUGAUGCAUUUCACUUCCCAUGCUUUAGCAUCUUUCAUUCCAGAAUACGUCAGCUAGUCACUGACUGAUUCUGAAGUAACUUAAUAUCCACGUAAUAGCUAGUGGAAAUGUUUUCGUAUACGAUCUAUUUCCUGGGAAGAUUUUGUCACUGUCUAUCCAAUAUACUUAUAUUUACGCCAGUAUAUAUUUUUGUGAAAGAUAAACUUGAGACGUGUUCGUUUAAUAUUUCAUGCAGUGAAGGUGCUCUAUCAAGCCUUGAUUUUUGUGAUAAUUAUUUAUAUACAAUGAUUUAUUUCUGUUGUUGGAACCGAAAAGCAAAAAUCAUCUGCCUUAGUUACAAAUCUUCCCGCUCAUCCUAAUUAUAACUCUUUGGUUGUGCAUUGUUUUUAACUUUAUGUCAAAUAAUUUAGAAGAAAAGAGGUAUUACCUGGGGUUCUAGUGAGAAGCAGUGGCAUGUGGAGUUGUACAACAUAUGACCGUAUGGUUGUUUUACUUCAGAUUUAAUUUGAACCGUUCUAUCUUUUCGAUUAAUUUAUGGAUCGAAGCUCUGGUACGGCCGAGAGUGGGGAGAGUCAGCUCUCCCUCUCGAAAUGCUCUUAAAAAGCCACAUGCAUACAGACACUGCCAAGGAAGUCCUAUUCACUGCCUUCUCGCCACGGGAAUAUUGUUUAUGAAACUGAGAGGACGGAAAUCGAAUAACCUGUGCUUUAACCAGGUUGAUGGAUACGGAGGAUCCACCUAGGAGAGUUGGAAAACCCUUAUUCCAUGCAAGUGGUGCCCAUGCAUUCCAGUAUCCUGAAGGAACAAAUGGCAUAUGAACCAAUCGUUGGUCACCGGCUACCAUGAGACUGCAUCUCUUGACGUUGCUCCACUGCCUUGUGAAUCAAACCUUUACGUUGAAGGUUCCAGGCGUGACCCCUCAAGAAAACCACGUGCUUUGGUUUGGGCACCCGGAUCAAAAUCUCAUGCUCUAUCAUUAGUAAGAUUAACUCUUUCAUAGAUUUACAAGUAAUUUAUUUGGUACUUUUAAUGAAAACUAAUUAUUCACAUAGUAACACAUUUGUAUAUGUUUAUACACAUAAAUUACAUUGUUUAAAUUCACAUCACACAUAACAGUAAUAUGCCAUAAUCAUCUUAAUAAUGAUAAUUAACAUUUUUUUCUUAUGUAAUACUGAUAAUGAAUAAACAAAUGGACUAUUUGUAACAGUUAGGUAAUUACUUACAAUUGGAUGAUAAUUUUAAAGGAAUAAUAAAACUAGACAUUUCCAUGAUCAAAUUUGUAAUACUUCAAUAUCAUUAUCAAUAUUAUCUAAUUGUGCAGUGAUGUUAUGAUCAAUCAAUCGAUUGAAUGAAUUCCGAUUGUUAAUCAUGUUGGAUUCAUUUGAUAGUUGAUUAACUGUUUUAUGAAAUGCUAACCAUGAUGGUUGUUUGAAAGUAUCUUUUAAGUUAUCUUGAUUAUUAUUAUUAUUUCUCUGAUUAAUUCCUGUUUUCCAAUUCGAAUUGUGUAUAGAUGCAUUGAUAAUGUUCGAAUUGUUACUGAAUAAAAUUCCAUUAUUAGAAGAUUGAUGUUGAUUUAUCACUUCCUGAUAUGUAUAAUGAAAUGAAUAAACGAAAAGAAAAGAGUAAAAUACAGUAUGAUUAGUAUAGAUAUACUUACUUUCCGAAUACUGUCUAUCCUAUCUUUACGACUACGGGAUUUGAAUCGACAAUUGUAUCUCUGUGCUAAUAUGGUAUAGUAACUCGAACUGAUGUACGUAUAUACGAGGUUCUGCGUUGUUACUGAUUGACCGACUGAGAUAUAUUUACGUAUAAAGAAUUUAUUAGACUUGUUAACUAAUUUUAUUGCCUUUUUUGUUUUCAUUCUAAAACACCUCAAUGGUAUAAACCACAAACGUCAAUAUAAGUAAUAAUUGUGUAGUAUUUUGAAUAUGUGGAUCAAAUUUCCAUGCAUAUAAUUUACAACUAUAACUCCGCCUGGAGUCCUUCUGAGGAUACUGCCGAUCCGAAGUCCGGAUAAAAGAGGGUUGAGCAUAAUGUUAGCGAUGUCAUCCCGUAGAAAACUAACUCGCUAAAAAAACGAUAACCAGAAAAAAUUAUUCAAAUUAUGCCUUGGAAGUUAAAAGGUUUUCAUUUAGAAGAGUUAUGACGCCUCACGGUGAAAGCUGAGUUCCUUCGGAAGUCGCAAGGCUAAUGCCCCUUCUGACAAACAGAGCAACCAGUAAUUUAGAUACAUGAAAUGCUCGUACAAUGUGGGAGACAGAGAGUCUUUCGAAUUGUUGCAGAAAUUUACAGCUACGUGGUCAGGCUUCAAUAAAAGGAUAGUAAAUAAAUUCCACUAAAGAAAAUAACAAAUUAUUGUCUCAAAGCCAAUUACUUCAUAUAAUAGGAAUAUUAAUCUUAGUAAAUCAUACUAAUCCAUUUAUUCUAUGGAUUCUCUUCAGUUGUAUAGAACUACAAAUGAAUAGUAUGGUGUGGUCUGCUUAUAUCCACACAAGUAGUAUAUAGAGAAGACAUUUUAUGUGAAAAUUAUAUAUGAAUUAAUCUCAUCGAUUGAAAUCUAAAUAAUUCCAAAGUUUCGUCCAGUCAACUUAUCUGAACUUCUUUAGGGUAAUGUUCAAAAUCAUAUAAAAAUUAUAUAGCUGUUCUGUAAUUUCACAUUCGAAUAUAUAUUUGUUUGUUCCCACUCAUGUUCUUGUUUAUUAAAGUAGUAGUGCAGGUGGUUUCCUUAGGUGGCCCUAUCCCUGAGUAUUUGGACUGGAGGUCUAGUUCAGAAGGUAGUGAAGCAACGUCAGGAGAGGCAGUCCCUUGGUAGCCAGUGACCAACAAUAGGUUAAUAUGCCAUCUGUUCCUUUGAGGUACUGGAGCUCAUGUCCACCAUUGGUUUGUAAUCAGGGUUUUCCAACUCCAUAAACGAAGGAUGUUAUGUAAGGAAAUUGGGCAAAGCUUGCGUAAGGACCGAGAAGCCUGGUGGUCGAAGCGUGCUAAUGAGCUGGAAGCAGCAGCUGCAUCUGGUAAUUACCGGAAGCUCUUCCAGCUCAUCCGAGCCACUGGCAGCAAGAAGUCUGGUGUGAGUGAAACAAUCUGCGAGGAUGAUGGGAUGCCAAUCACUAACAUCCAUCGACGUCUUGGACGGUGGGCAGAAUUUUUCGAAGGGCAGUUCAACUGGCCUGCUGCUCCGGCAACAUCGGUCAGACUGUCCUGCCCUCCAUGGCUGGUGACGACUGAUCCACCAAACGAGGAGGAAGUCCGCAAGGAACUCCAACUCUUGAAGCGUUACAAAUCACCUGGCCCAGAUGACUUACCUCCGGCUCUUUUUAAAGAUGGUGGUGACUUUUUGACUAAGGAAUUGACGACGUUGUUUACAAAGGUUUGGGAACUAGAGAGUGUGCCAACGUCAUGGAAUGAGUCGAUAGUUGUCCCUAUCUUUAAAAAGGGUUCACGUCGUUCCUGUAACAACUAUCGGGGGAUAAAUCUACUUCCGAUUGCGUCCAAGCUAUUGGCUUCCGUCA